AAAAAUCAGAAAAUAGCAGCCAUAAUGCACAAAUUACAACAUUUGAGAUGGACCAUAUUUUUAAAAAUUUUAAUUACAUUAGAUAAUACAGAUCUAUCAGAGGUAGAUUUUGAUGUAAUCAUUGUUCCAUUUUUCCACAUGUUUUUAACAUUCAUAUUAGCUACACAUUCUCUAACUAGUCGGUCACUACAGUGUCUGCAGAGGCACAAAAGCCACGACUAGAUUAGCCUAGAAGAAUAAUGUAUUCUGAAAUAUAUCAAAUACUAGAUAACGGAUUAAAUCUGUGGAGGCAUUUUAAAUGUCCAGGGCAUUUUUGUCACUUUCAGUAACAUUUUCAACCACUCUUGUUAAUAUCUGACCCCGGUAUGAAGAAAUCCUUGUUGAGAAUUACAGCAUCCAGCCUUAUACCAUUGUCUUUGAGGUGCUGCGGGGUAGCGGUAAAAGAUCAGGCCAGCAACUGAAAAGUUUGAACCUUUCAAAAGACGACUCAUGAGCUAUCACUUCUGCAAGGAAAAUCAAGGACAAACACAUUUCAACAGAAGAGCACAAAUACACAUGCACACGCAACUGGACAGGCCUCUCUCCAUCAGUUUACCCCCACCCUGUGUGUCAGAGGGUCUAGCCGGUCUGGAGAACAGAUGUCAAGUCUCUUUCCAUCUCCUUUGCUACCAACACAGCAAUGUGCUGCUCCAAGAAAACAUCUGUCUAAGCAUUGACCAUCAGCAAAAGGGGCCCCAUGAGCUGGCUCAUCCGCCCUUUGAAACUGCAAGACUGUGUGCCACUCUAACUGCUAAGGAGCCCCGCCAGUGUAUCCAUGUCUGUAGAUUCCUCUUAGUCCUUUCUAAACAUCAACAGGACAGAUAAAGGCAUUUGGGACAUGAAGGGUUAAUUCGGUGGGGAGGGGAGGUGACAGCAAACCAAAAGAAGAGGGGGAUAUAAAAACACCAAAGGCUUCGUGGGCACGAGUCUAACUGUGUUUGUGCUGGACUAAAGACUCACAACGACAGAAGGGAACACACACACAUACACACACUAGUCUUGAGCUGUGGUGUUGUGUGUUAUUUGACAGCGCGCUUUUACGCAGAAGGUGUGUGUGGAUACUCUUGCGCAAGAGCGGCUCAUACACCCUCCAGAGGACAGAGCUCAGAUGAGUUAGUCAGAGGAGGAACUUUGGAUCUUGAUCACACUGAAGAUGGGCUUAUAGUGAACUACACUUCAUCCCUGAGGACACACUGGCGUUUGGAGAGGAUGACAGCACUUUGCGCAACGCACCGGAGCGCAACAAUGUACCCAAAACACAAGUUUUAUAUUAGACGUGAAGGACAGACUACGAGAAUUUGAAUUUGUUUGAGCUGGAGAGUUUUUUCUAUUUUUAUUUUAUUUUAUUAUUUUCAAAGAUAAGAAUGCUGCAGGCUCUCAGACUUAUUGUGCCAAUGUACCUGAUUUACCUGCGUACAAGUAAAACUCCAGUUUUUCCUCAAUGAAGAAGUAAAACUUCUCUCCACAUAUAAUAUUUUCCUUUUGUUUUGCAUUUUAUACUAAUGUUAAAAGAAGAGUAAAUACCUCAAUGGAAUGGUACACAGCUUUGGAGUUUGUGGGACUUACUUCUCUGUUUUUUAAAAGUAAUUCAAGUACUUUUUGGACUUCAGGAUUAUACCAUUUUUAAGGCCAGGAGCUAUAGGUCACACAUUGAUCUGAUUAGUUUUAAAACGUGGAGUGAUUGGGCUUCUUCGAGAUAAUUUCUUUUUCCCGUGAGUAUUGCUGUUCUGGACUACGAGGUGGCUCCGCAGUGGUGUGGCGGCUCCUCGUCCGCGGCGGAUCCGGAGAUCGGAGUGUCUGCAGCGGCAGGAGGCGGCAGCGGAAGCCCGGCAGCGGCGGCGGCGCAGGGUCCUAAGAGCGCUCGAGUGAAGAGGAUGGUGCGGCUAGCGGCGGAGCUGCUGUUGGUGUUGGGACUCCUUCUUCUGACGUUACACAUCACGGUGUUGCGGAGCAGCCCGCUGCAGCACGGAAAUGACACUGUAAGCUCGGAGCAGGACUCGCGGGUGGCGGAGAAUAAUGUCAAUGCAGAAAGUAGCUCCUCGGUUCAGAUGGGGACGGGGGACAGACAGUCCCGAGUGGCUCAUAUUCCAGCGUCUCAGCCUUGGGCUCAGAGUCAUGGGACAGGGGGCAGCCUGCAGAGAGACGGCCCAGGAGCUUUUCUGCUGGACCUACAAAACUUCCCUGAUCUUUCCAAAGCUGAUAUAAAUGGGCAGAACCCCAACAUACAGGUAACCAUAGAAGUGGUGGACAGCCUGGAAGGUUCUGAACCAGAGAAGGGAAUGCGCAAAGAAAACAAGCCUGGCUGGGUGGCUCCUAACUGGAGGAACUGGUGGCAGCGUUCGUCUUCCUCGUCCUCAGCUUCCAUGUCCACCCCGAAGGGGCCCGAUGAACAGGAUUACCCCUACGAGAGCAACACAGAGGACAGCAAUUUCCUCAAACCACUCGGAGAUUGGGAGCGAAGAGGGUCUGCCGGCACGGGAAGCAGAACACAGACAGAAUACGAUUACAUAGAUGGGGAAGGGGACUGGAGCGGUUGGUCGUCAUGCAGCGUGUCUUGUGGAAAUGGCAACCAGAAGCGAACCAGGUCGUGUGGCUAUGCCUGCACGGCCACAGAGUCACGGACAUGUGACAUGCCCAGCUGCCCCGGGAUUGAAGAUGCUUUCAAGACGGCAGCGACGGAAGUCAGUCUGCUUGCUGGCACUGAAGAGUUUAAUGCAACGGAGCUCUUCGGAGUUGAUACAGACAGCUGCGAGCGUUGGAUGAACUGCAAGAGUGAGUUCCUCAAGAAAUACAUGAGCAAAGUGGCCAACGACCUACCCAGCUGCCCCUGCUUUUACCCAACAGAGGUGGCCUACAGCACCGCAGACGUCCACGAUGCCACAACGAGGCGCAACUUCCGCUGGAAGGACGCCAGCGGGCCGAAGGAGAAGCUGGAGAUCUACAAACCCACUGCUCGCUAUUGCAUCCGCUCCAUGCUUACGCUGGAAUCCACAACGUUGGCGGCCCAACAUUGCUGCUACGACGACAGCAUGAAGCUCAUCACCCGAGGCAAAGGGGCCGGUACGCCCAACCUCAUCAGCACGGAGUUCUCCGCUGACCUGCAUUACAAAGUGGACAUCCUACCAUGGAUCAUCUGCAAGGGCGACUGGAGCCGCUACAACCAGGCUCGCCCUCCCAAUAACGGACAGAAAUGUGCAGAGAACCCUCAGGAUGAGGACUACUACAAACAGUUUGAGGAGGCCAGAGAGUUUUGAGCCGAAAAGCUGCGAUGCUUCUUCUAAAACAGAAGCAGAACUCAUGUAGAAAACUGGCUGUGUGUUUGAACAGGACUUGCUAUGAGAAAUAGACAGCACCGCCUACAACAAGCACACAAGAUCUUCAUAUGGUUGCUCUCAUAACCUCUUUUCAUUGUGUUUUCGUGGAAAGAAUAAUACCAAGUAACUCAUCAUGGUUCUCUUUAUAUUGUUUAUCUGUAUUACUUGGGGUUUCUCAACAUAUUUGUUUAAGGAGUAAAAGGGAAAAACUAAAGGGAAGUCAUAUCAGGAAUCAUCCCACCAAUGAUCGGCUGAUAGCGAGAGUUUCAUGUUUUUGCAUGCUUGUAUUAUGCCCUACAUGCAGUCUCCUCAGGAUUCUUGGACAGAUUCAAGGAUAUCAGAUACAAUAUUCAGGUUUCUGUGUAAACAUGCAUAUAUUUGUCUAGUUGGAUGAACAGAAUUCCUAUAUAAUGUCCUGUUGCAUCACUUUUCCUUUUUUGCUAAAAUCAAAACAGUCAAAAAUUCCUGCAUAAUCUUUGCAAAGUAUUUAUUGAGUCAUAGUUAUGUGUCAAUGGUAGGGGUUUGUGCAUAUAGAUGUAUGGAUGCAUUUUUGAGUGCUAAAUAAAUAGGCCAUGUCACAUUAAACAUCA